AUGCAUGCUUUUAAGAUAGAAAAAGAAAAUAUUAAAAAGAAAAUAGAUGAAGGUAUUUUUAAGACAUGCUCAAAACCAAGCUCAGCAACAGCAUCAUGGUGGCAUACGUUCUUACGAAUUAAAGAUGGAGGUGGUGCAGCUUCUACUAGCAAAAGUCAAGAUAUUUCUGAUAUGUUUAGCAAAGAUAAAAUUUCUUUAACAAGUAGCAAAGCUGCAUUCGCUGAAGCAUGUGCUAAGUUUUGUGCAUAUGACCUGCGCUCUUUUGAAACGGUCAAUGGUCAGGGUUUUGAACUAUUAUGUCAAUCAUUAUUGGAUAUAGCGCAUAAACAUCCUCAUCGGAUUCAAGCAAAAUCUAUCAUUUCCGAUCCAACAACGAUAUCUCGUAAAGUACAAAAACUAGCUGAAGAAAAUCGUUCAGAACUAAUUAAUAGGCUAUUGUUUGAUUUAAAGAAGAUAAAAUUGUUUGGUAUAACAACUGAUUUUUGGAAGAAUAAAUAUUCUUCUGAGAGUUAUUUAACACUUACACUUCAUUACAAUAAAGGUGGUGUUAUGAAUAAUUUCGUACUAAAAACUGUUUUAUUUAGUGAUGCCAAAACAGGCGAAAACACAAAACGAAUGAUAUGGAACAUCCUUAAAUCAUAUGAUAUUAAUCCUGAUUCAUACGAAAUUAUUUACAUCACGGAUAAUGGUUCGAAUCUAAUAUCUGCCUUAAAUGGCGAAGCACACAUUCGGUGUAUUUGCCACUGCAUCAAUUUAGUAGUUUCACAAAGUAUUGAAGCAUGUCCAAGCAUUGACUUAAUUGUAGCUCAGUGUCGAGACUUAGUUUGUCAUUUCAAGCGGUGUGAGCUGCAAAGCAAAUUAUCAUCCACCUUGAAACAAGAUAUAUGUACUCGGUGGAACUCCACGUACGAUACUAUUUGGUCAAUAUAUCUAAACUACGAUGAUGUUCAGGAAAUUUUAUUGAAUCGAAAUGAAGAAAAAUAUCUAAGUGGCAUUGAUCGUUAUCUAAUUAAAGACAUUACUGAUCUAUUAUCUGUGUUUAAAAUAUGCAGCGAAAAGCUGUCUGCCGAUGAUAAUCCUACGUUGCAUGCGGUGUUGCCAUGGUUCGUCAAGUUAAAAAAGACUUGCGAGCCAAGAAGCACAGAUAAGUUAUAUGUUAUUCAAUUGAAGAAAGCAUUAUUAGAAAAACUCGAUGAAAAAAUCUGGAUCACAGAUAUUCAUUAUAUUGCUACGUUUUUGCAUCCGGAAACGAAAUCACUUCCAACGUUAAGUCAUAGUGAACGUAAUAAGGUCGUACAAUCGGUUAAAAAAAUGCUAAAAACAGUUGGACUUGAUGAAAACUCAGCAGAUACAAUAAUAGUAACUGAUAAUGAUAAAAUUAAAAGAAGAAGAAACAAGCGAGCAAAACGUGCCGAUAUUACAGUGGAUGAUGUUUUAAAAGAAUUUGCUUCGAAUGAUAAUUCAUUAACAGAUAGUGACAACGACGUAUAUGAUGAAGUACUUGAAUAUAUGAAGAGUAAAGUGAUUUAUGGAAAAGGGGAAGAUGUGUUAUCAUGGUGGAAAAAAUAUUCGUGA